AUGUCGGAACAAUCGCAAGUGCGAGCGUUUUACAGCGGCAAGAAUUUCUUCAUAACUGGAGGCACCGGCUUCGUCGGUUUAUGUUUGAUAGAAAAAAUAUUAAGAACUAUACCUGAUGUUGGAAAAUUAUAUUUACUCAUGCGACCAAAAAAGGGGAAGGAUAUUUCAGAUAGAUUAGAAGAAUUCCCAAGCAAUCCGGUAUUUGAAAAGCUCUUGGAAACUCAAUCGAAAGACAUAUUCAAGAAAUUGGUGCCAGUAUCAGGUGAUGUUGGUCAAGAUGAAUUAGGUUUAAGCCCUACGGACAGAAGUUUAUUAAUAGAAAAUGUUAAUGUGGUGAUACAUUCUGCUGCUACUUUGGACUUUGGAGACAACCUUAGGCCUACAGUGAAGAUCAAUGUCCUGGGAACAAGGAGUGUAUUGCAACUGUGUAAGGAGAUUAAGGAUUUAAAGGUCAUGGUACAUGUGUCCUCUGCUUAUGUAAACUCUUACUUAAAUGAAGCUCAUGAGAAAGUGUAUGAUGCUCCGGAAGAUGUAGAAAAAGUUAUAUCAUUUGUUGAAACUAUGAAUGAUGAUGCCUUGAAUGAAAUUGAAUCACAGGUUUUGAAGGAUCACCUCAACACAUACACUUUUACCAAACAUUUGGGAGAGCAUGAGGUGAAGAACUGCGCGGAUCUUUUCCCUUGUACCAUUAUCAGACCAACCAUGAUUGUUGCGGCAUGGAAGGAGCCAGUUCCGGGUUGGACAUGCUCCAAAGUGGGACCACAAGGUUUUCUUAUGGGAGCAGCUAAAGGCGUGGUACGACGUCUGCCUAUGGCCAAGCAGAAUAUUGCUGACUAUAUACCAGUAGACAUCGUCGUCAACCAACUUCUUGUGGCCGGUUGGCAUGCAGCAAAGGAGAAGAGUGGGCUGACUGUGUACCAUUGUUCAUCGUCCACACAAAAACCAUUUCGCUGGAUUAUGCUUGAGACACAAGUUAACGAACUGCUUCACAAGUACCCUCUGAAAAGUGCUGUAUGGUAUCCUCGAUUGGAGUUUGUCUCUUCUCUGUGGCUGUUCAGGCUGUCGGCCAUCUUCGUUCACUUCUUCCCGGCGAUACUCCUCGAUAUGAUGCUGAGGCUGACGGGUGGGAAACCGAUACUGUUCCGGCUUCACAAAAACGUGUGGACGUCCUUGGGCCGGCUCGAGAAGUUCAUCUUCAACGAAUGGCGUUUCCAUAACCCGAACACGAGAGACCUGAGUAAAACACUGAACAAGACAGACAGCGAAUUGUUCUACAUAGACAUAUCUGAUAUUGAUUGGAUUGAAUACUUCGUGAAAUUACACUUGGGUGUACGUAGAUAUCUGAAUAAAGAAAAGGAAACCACCCUGCCUGUAGCCAGAAGCAAGGACACAGUACUAUUGGCAGCCCACGUCGUCUGGCAGAUACUUAUAAUAUCUCUCCUAUGGUACUUUGUUGCCUGUCUCAGUGGUUUGACAAUGACCCACAGUGCCUGGGCACCGCCUAUAAUCUAUAUCCUAUACAGCUUCUUG